GUACAUCCGGUGUAAUGGCGGCGCGGUGGAGUUUCAGGUGACCCUUGCAGACAGAAAAAGUAAACUGUCCAAGAAUUGAUACCAUUUGGUACUUGUUAUUUGGACCAGCUUAAAGAGUUUGAUUUAUAGGAUCAACUGGCAACAGAAAAUGAAAAGUAGUGUGGCACAGAUAAAACAUUCUUCAGGUCAUGACAGAAGGGAACACAGUAAUUCUUAUCAGAGGACCAUCUCUCCAGAGGAUAGAUAUGCAGAACAAGAAAGAUCCCCUCGGGAUAGAGAUUACUUUGAUUACAGCAGGUCAGACUAUGAGCGUUCAAGAAGAGGACGUUCUUAUGAUGGUAGCAUGGAGUCACGAAGUAGGGACCGAGAAAAACGCAGAGAGAGAGAAAGAGAUUUUGAUCGGAAAAGGUCCCGGAAAUCCCAAUCGCCUGGGAGAAGAAGCCCAGAACCAUCGAUAACCCAGAGUUCUUCUGCUCAGGAUGAACCAACUGCAAAGAAGAAGAAAGAUGAACUGGAUCCUCUCCUUACUCGUACUGGUGGAGCAUAUAUUCCUCCUGCAAAGCUCAGGAUGAUGCAAGAACAGAUUACAGAUAAAAACAGCUUAGCAUACCAGAGGAUGAGCUGGGAAGCACUAAAGAAGUCAAUCAAUGGUCUUAUUAAUAAAGUCAACAUUUCCAAUAUAGGUAUUAUUAUUCAAGAACUUCUUCAAGAAAAUAUAGUUAGAGGAAGAGGCCUGUUAUCCAGAUCUGUUUUGCAAGCACAAAGUGCUUCUCCAAUCUUCACCCAUGUUUAUGCAGCACUAGUUGCAAUUAUCAACUCAAAAUUUCCGCAGAUUGGAGAGUUAAUCCUCAAGAGGUUAAUUCUUAAUUUUCGAAAAGGCUAUCGAAGAAAUGAUAAGCAACUUUGUCUGACUGCCUCAAAAUUUGUGGCACAUCUUAUUAACCAAAAUGUGGCGCAUGAAGUUUUAUGCUUAGAGAUGCUUACCUUGCUCCUGGAAAGACCAACAGAUGAUAGUGUUGAAGUAGCAAUUGGCUUUCUCAAGGAGUGCGGCCUCAAAUUAACACAAGUGUCCCCAAGAGGAAUCAAUGCUAUAUUUGAACGCCUUCGAAACAUUCUCCAUGAGUCUGAAAUUGACAAAAGAGUUCAGUAUAUGAUUGAAGUGAUGUUUGCUGUAAGGAAAGAUGGCUUCAAGGACCACCCUGUUAUCCUAGAAGGACUUGACUUAGUGGAAGAAGAUGAUCAGUUCACCCACAUGCUCCCUCUGGAAGAUGACUAUAACCCAGAAGACGUUCUUAAUGUUUUCAAGAUGGAUCCUAAUUUCAUGGAGAAUGAAGAGAAAUACAAAGCUAUUAAGAAGGAAAUUCUCGAUGAAGGAGAUAGUGACUCAAACACAGACGAAGAUGCUGAAAGCAGUGAAGAGGAGGAGGAGGAGGAAGAAGAAGAGGGAGAAGAAGAUGAAGAAGGACAAAAGGUGACUAUUCAUGACAAGACAGAAAUUAAUCUAGUCUCGUUUCGUCGUACAAUUUACCUUGCUAUUCAGUCAAGUUUAGAUUUUGAAGAAUGUGCUCACAAAUUGCUGAAAAUGGAAUUUCCUGAAAGCCAAACAAAAGAACUCUGUAACAUGAUACUUGAUUGCUGUGCUCAACAAAGAACAUAUGAGAAAUUUUUUGGCUUGUUAGCUGGGCGAUUUUGCAUGCUAAAAAAAGAAUACAUGGAAUCCUUUGAAAGUAUAUUCAAAGAACAGUAUGAUACCAUCCAUCGUUUGGAAACAAACAAAUUGAGAAAUGUUGCUAAGAUGUUUGCUCAUCUUCUCUACACUGACUCACUUCCAUGGAGCGUUCUUGAAUGUGUAAAGUUGAGUGAAGAAACCACUACGUCCUCCAGUAGGAUUUUUGUUAAAAUAUUUUUCCAAGAACUGUGUGAAUACAUGGGUCUUCCUAAACUUAAUGCAAGAUUAAAGGAUGAAACCCUACAGCCAUUCUUCGAAGGGUUAUUACCCCGAGAUAAUCCCAGAAACACUCGGUUUGCCAUCAACUUUUUUACUUCGAUAGGUCUUGGAGGUUUAACGGAUGAAUUACGUGAGCAUCUCAAAAAUACACCAAAGGUUAUUGUGCCACAGAAACCAGAAGCUGAGCCAGAUAAAUCCUCUUCUUCCUCUUCUUCCGCGUCCUCCUCUGCGGAGUCCGACUCCUCUGCUUCGGACUCAGACAGCAGUGACAGCAGUUCAGAGUCUUCCAGCGAAGAGAGCGAUUCUUCAUCUGCCAGUAGUCAGAGCUCUGCCUCAGCUAAAGAUAUAAGAAAGAAGGGACAAGGGAACACCAGAAGUAAAGAAGUAGAUAAAUUGAUCAGGAAACAACAAACAAAUGAUAGGAAACAAGAUGAAAGAUCAGAGUCAAGGCACCAAGAAACAAGGACUGAAAGAGAAAGAAGAUCAGAAAAACUCAGAGAUAAAAAUUCAAGGGAUCCAAAUUGGAGAGAUCCCGUGACAAAAUAUGCUUCAGACAGAGGUGUUCCUUCUGACCGAAAUAGUUACAGUAGAGUCACAAAUGACAGAGACCAAGAAAUGCACCCAGAUUUGGAAAAUAAGUAUGGUGAUCCCAAAAAGAGGAGAGGAGAAAGAAGAAAUUCUGUUUCUGAAAAUGAGCAUAGACACCGAAAUAAGGACAGUGAAAAUUUUAGAAGAAAAGACAGAUCAAAAUCAAGAGAAAAGAAUAGAAAACAUUCAGACUCCAGAAGCGAUGAAGAUAGGUAUCAGAAUGGUGCCGAUAGGCGAUGGGAAAAAUCUAGCAGGCACUCUGAACAAUCUAGAGAAUCAAAGAGAAACCAGGACCGGCGAAGAGAAAAGUCUCCAACAAAGCAAAAAAAAUAACUGUACAAAAUUACAGAAACUCAACAUGCCUUAUAUUCAGUCGAAACAAAUUAUUUUUUACAUUGAUUAACGAACUUCAAAAGAAUUCUUGUAUAAAGUACUGGUUUGUAUUGUACAUUUAAAAAAUGCUUUCAUUUUAACAUGGUUUAUAUAACUGAUACAUUUUAAGGCCCUCCACAUAAAAUUAUUUGAAAAGUUUCACUGGAGAGGGAUGUAA